AUGUCAGGACGCGGCAAGGGAGGCAAGGUGAAGGGCAAGUCAAAGUCCCGUUCUAGCAGGGCCGGACUCCAGUUCCCCGUGGGUAGGAUCCACCGUCUCUUGCGUAAAGGCACCUAUGCUGAGCGUGUUGGUGCAGGUGCCCCUGUGUACCUUGCAGCCGUCAUGGAGUACCUGGCAGCAGAAGUGCUCGAGCUGGCCGGUAACGCCGCCCGCGACAACAAGAAGACCCGCAUUAUCCCGCGUCAUCUUCAGCUUGCCAUUCGCAAUGACGAGGAGCUGAACAAGCUCCUGUCUGGAGUCACCAUUGCCCAAGGGGGUGUCCUUCCUAACAUCCAAGCUGUGCUCCUCCCCAAGAAGACAGAGAAGAAAUAA